UGGUGACUAUAGAGAUACAGAAACUGGAAGUUUAAUCUCUUUGCGAAACGUUUUCUUUUACAUAUUUUAGACUUUUUUUUUUGUGAGUCUAAAUUAUAACAUCGACCGGAUACAAUGAAGUACAUCAUUGGCAUAGGGGGUGUGACUAAUGGUGGUAAAACCACCCUGACGAACAGGUUAAUAAAAGCAUUACCAAACUGCUGUGUGGUUCACCAGGACGACUUUUUCAAGUCACCGGAUCAGAUAGCGGUUGGAGCGGACGGCUUUAAACAGUGGGAUGUGAUCACGUCUUUGGAUAUGGAGGCAAUGGUAAACACCAUCAAGGGCUGGGUCGAGAACCCAGUCAAAUUUGCCCGCUCUCACGGCAUCCAGGUGAUGCCGGCCACAGAAAUGGACGACCCUGAGAGCCAAAUGCACAUACUGAUCGUAGAAGGAUUUCUACUGUACAACUACAAGCCUUUGGUGGACGUCUUUGACAAAUCAUAUUACAUAACCCUCCCAUAUGAGGAGUGCAAGAGAAGAAGAAGUACAAGGCAGUACACCGUUCCCGACCCGCCGGGGCUCUUCGAUGGUCACGUGUGGCCCAUGUACCUGAAACACAGACUUGCGAUGGAGAACUGUGGUUUGCCAAUUGAAUACCUGAACGGGUUGAAAACAAAAGACAAAAUUUACAAUCAGGUCUACGAAGACAUCCACAACACGCUCCUGAAUCGUUUAUAGCAGGAGAAGUCGGCCUUCGAGCAUCCAUGUACAUAAUUGUAAAUACGUAUCUUACUUGAGGCCUUUUUUUUUUACUUGCAAUUGUUUUGUAAAUAAUAUGAUGAAAUUGUAACUUAAGUACUUUGAGGACUUUAUUUUUUUAGAACUAUUUUGUGGACUUUUAUCAGGUUUUACGGUGUCCUUUUUCUGACUUUCAAAGCACUCCUUAGUGACUUAAUCCUGGAAACGGGUCUACUUGUACCAAUAAACAUGUGCUUUGACUAAUUUACGUUUGUCAGUCAUUGA